UUUCAAACCAAGGCUGUACAACACUCAGAUUCAGAAGCUCGGUCGCGCUGGUUGUGUGCUAUUUCUUUUCGCCGAGAAGCAGUGCAUUGGUACUUGGAAGGAAAAGAUUUCAAAAUUUUCAUCACUCGUCUCUCUGCCGCGAUAGUUGUGUUGUAACGCAGGUGUAAGCGGAAAAUCUGUUUUCUAGCAGUUCGGUGUGACAGAAGCAAAGGUGCUUUUCGCCAAUUGUAGAAUAGUGUAAACCAGGAAGCGUAUACUUGUGCUUAUUCAAUGCUGGGCGUGAAUCACUAGAGGGAUACUCUUCCCAAUAUAUCGUUUUCAUUGGUCUGUGAAGAAAGCCUUCAUAAGGAAAAAAAAACGAAUAGUGAAAUUGUUAAGUGCAGUGCAAUAGCUAGCUGGUGGUGUGUUAUCGAUUAGAAAGAGGUUCCCGUUGAAGAGAGAAACGUGGUGUCAAAAAUUCACACAAAAUGAGCGGAUAUAAUACCGAUCUGACAACCAACCUGGAAAAUAGCCGGAAUUGCCUGCGACGGAUCGCCAGACACGAUGACCAGGAAUUCUCUAAUCAAAGCAUUCUCAACGCCAUGGAAAAGUUUGUUAAGACAGUCAAUGCCAUGGAUGAGACGAUACUUGUGCCGUGCCGACUGAUGGAUAGGAAGGUUGGUGACUCCACUGACACAACGCCCCCCGUGGAACCGAAGCCACAUUCCUACUACAGCAAAAAAUCCAGCAAAGCGUCCGUCCGGGAUGCCCUGAACACAUCUGAUCUGUUCAGGCUGUACAAUAUGCUCAACAUGGUUAAGGUGGAUCUGCUGUGGGGUCGACAGGAUUCCGAGGAGGGCUCCGAAGCGACGUCGGCUGCCGCUUCGUCGGUGGACAAACUGAACAAAGACGAAACAACACAAUAUAAGCAGAAGUCGACAUCGCCUGCUCCAUCACAACAGCAGCCAGCAUUGGAUCACAAUUCAAACAGCAGUCAAAGCGAUUCGGGUAGCAGCAUAAAGGGUCACAUCCGUCGACCCAGCACAGUGUCUGUGUCCUCUGCGAAUAGCGUAAGCACACUGAGCGAUUCCGACAGCGAAAUCAGCGCCGAGAAUGAUUCGGGAAUCGAGUCCGAGAGCAACGCGGACCAGGAUAAGAGCACGGAGCUGGCCAAACAGUUCCGAACCCAUCUGCUGGGACUCUACCGAUCGCUGGAACAGAUGACGGAGGCUGCCAAUUAUCUAACCGCCAGAUAUCAGAGCGAUGUCGGGCCGGUUUAAUUGGGGUGAUAGCUGUACUGACCAGAAAGAGAGAGAGAGAUAAAUAGAUAUGUAAUAAGGUUAGAAGGAGAAUGUUUCCCCGGUGAUGGCGGAAUGACCCCGAGACCACUAACUAAUACGCAAGCGUUAGAAAACAGACGAAAAACCAAUUCGCUUUAAAACAGAACAAAAAAAAUAUAUUCAUUCAAAACAAAACAAACAAAAACUCAACAAGCAAACAUAUAUUUCGGUGCAUGCGAGUGCGAAUGUCACACACAAAAAAGCUUGUAUUUUCUUUUUUCUAAUAGGUUUUUUCGUUCAAUCUCUAGGGUCAUUCAUAAGUGAGGGUGCGUGUGUGUAUGUGCGCUAGGGAUCAGAAUGAGUGCGUGAGUCUGCUCACGCGUAUGGAACUUCUUUCUAAUCAACGCGCAUAUGUGCGCAUGGACGGAUUCAUUGCCUUCUGUGGCACCGAAUUCACUCACUCGGAUUAGAAUGAACCAUUCGAGAGUAGAAGAAGUGCGCGGUGUGGAAUGAUGGCACGCACAUAAAAAAUGUUUCAUUGUGUGUUUGGCUCAUUUGAUUGCGCUUAGUUUUUCAUUUCCUCUCUCGUUUUAGUCGUUAGAGAGCGUCAGAGGGCGCGCUGUAUACUGAAGGGAAACUAAUACAUAUAUUUAACUGAAAAAUAGGAGAAGGUAGAAAGAUUAUUUAUUGUAAAAUAAUUGAGGAGCCGUGUUUGGAACACUUUUCUGAUUUUUUUUGUUUGCUCAUUAUUAGGUAUGUGUGCUAGGGCUUGUGAACAAACAGGAAGUGGGGGGUAACAAUAGGAUCAGGAUCAUAGCGUGGAGAUCAUUUGCGAAUAAAGGAAAAAAAUGUGUUUUGAGAUUAUGAAAAUAAUUUAAGCAAACGGCAUAUGAUGGAGUGGAAAGUAAAGUUUAGUAGGAAAGGUAGUAAUCGAAAUUCACAGUGAUACAGUUGAUGCAUGUUAUCUCGUAAAGAGAAAAAAAAGUUGUCCGAGCGAGUGCAAGUAAGAUAUUAUUUCUUCAUGCAGAGGUGAGCUUUGUGUAUAUUUGUUCGCAUAGUGUUUUGGUUUGCUUGAUUAGAAAUAAAUGAAUCGCCAUCGUAAAAAAUCGCGAACGGCAAAAUAUGGUGGUAAGAUUUCUGUAAGCUUCUGAAAUGAACUUCAACAUUAUGGUGGUAGUAACUGGAUUCGUUAGCCUAAGCAAUAGCUACUUGAAGGACCAAUUUUUUACGGUACGCGCCCUAAAUUGAUUUUUGCUAAGCAUUAUUCGUUUUCUGCUUAUUUCGAAUUGGUUCCAAAAAAUAUUUCACUAAUUGCUCCAUUCCUUUACAACAAAUUCCUUCUUUUCUUCUAGAAAAAAAGCCCGAUAAAGUGAGCCAAUUGCAUCGGAAUCAAUACUUUCCAUUUUUGCUAUUUGUGGAAGUUGAUCUUUUUCUUCUUCCAACGCGACAAGAGUGGAAGUCGAGAAAAAGAUCUCACGAACCCUUAUGUGAAUUAGGAUUUACUUUCGGUGUCAGGUUCCGAGAGUUAACGACUCGAUUCGUUGUGAUGAGUACACCAUGAACCAAGUUAAUAAAUUUGGAGUUUUAUCGCUGGUGAGUGAGGUGAGGAAAAAAAUAAGGGCAACGUAUUUUUGUCUUAUUACUUUUACAGAGUACCGAUUCAUUCCGUUAAUUUUAAUGAACUCUAAUACAUAGUGAAAAUCUCUUCAAUUAAAUAAAAAAAAACAAAAGUAGAAACAAUACACAAAUUAGGCGGGCAGCUCGGCUUGGAUGAAAACCACUGAAAACGAGGACGAGUCCCAAUAAAAUAUUUCAAUCAAAUAUCACCUUUGAAUAUUCCUCAUAGCGAAAAGCAUUCAAGAAAGUCAGACAUAAACUGUGUAAGGAUUUCAUAAGUAGCAGAGAGGAGAGAGCAUACAAUACAUAAACCAAUCAAGAGAGAAACAUUGAGUAAAGCAGAAAAGAUGUUAAAACAAUAUAUUUCAAUAAUAAAACAACAAGUGUCUGGAAAAAAAUAUCUACGGGCGUUUUCAUUUUCCGUUUAUAUAAAAUAUUGGUUGGUUUCGAGAAAAUCCAGAAUACCACAGCAACUGAUAUGAACAAAUCGAUAAUAUCAUGCGCUCCUAAUUUGGUUGGUUUGGGUGUAAACCUUACAAAUCCAACAUAGGCAUUGUUUGUAUAAGCUUUAAUUGAGUUACGCUGCAUUCAAGUCAUGUAAAUAUGAUAAUAAAUUUGUGAAUAAUUUAAACCACGA